GCCUAAUCCAGUGGUUUAAUGUUAUGCCAGUCAUAUGUGAAGGAUAACGUCGGCAGCCACGAUGAUGGUCUGUUCCUCCAUCGCCAUCGUUGCUAUUUGUCUGGGAAUUCUGCUGCCGUAUUUCAUAAUCUACAUACGCAACCGCUCAGCUCUUAAGGUUCUCGUUGGUGGAGUCGUGAAACCAGGAUUUGAAGAAGUCCAGCAGGUUUUUAGACAUCUUCAUGAACGAAGGCUUGGAAGCAGGAUCAGCAUUUGCGGUGUACUACAAAGGUCAGAAAGUUGUUGACUUAUGGGGUGGAUAUGCAAAUUGUGAAGCUGAAGAACCAUGGGAAGAGGAAACCAUGACGAUGGUGUAUUCCUGUACGAAAGGUGUUUCAGCGAUCUGUAUUGCUGUUGCAGUGGAGCGUGGAUAUUUAGAUUAUGCUCAGAAAGUCUCUCACUAUUGGCCGGAAUUUGCACAGAACGGGAAAGAAAACAUAACUGUAAAGCAACUAGUUAAUCAUGAGGCAGGUCUACCAGUUUUAUCACAACCAGUAACAAUUGAAAUACUACGAGAUCGGGAGUUAUUACUGAAAGUGUUGGCAGAGUCAGUACCAUUGUGGGAACCAGGAACAACACACGGGUAUCAUGUGAUCUCAUACGGCUGGCUGCUAAGUGGCCUCUUGCAGCAUGCCGAUCCUAAACGUAGAACGAUUGGUCAGUUUUUCAGGGAAGAAAUCGCAAAGCCAUUUGUUGUCUGCAGAAUUGAUUGUGUCUGCAUGUGGACGUUGAUUUCAUCUGUGAUGUGUAUUUUAUGUUCACAGGAGGAAGUCUUCAAUUCAUAUCGCUACCAAUCGUUGGAAAGUCCUGGAGCUGGUGGGAUUGGUACAGCCCGAGGAUUGGCCAAGUUGUUUGGUAUUAUAGCCAACAGGGGUGAAUGGAACGGGAAACGAUUAUUAUCUAAUGAUUUAGUCAAGAAAUUUACUGAAUGUAAUGAAGAAAGACUGGAUGAAGUAAUACACAUCAAAUCAAGUUUUUCAUAUGGGAUGUAUCCUCAUGCCGAAGUCAAAGGUGGUAUUCCAUUCAGUCUGGACAGAAUCUUCGGUCACAAUGGUCAUGGAGGUCAAGGGUCAUUCUUUGAUGCAGAUCACAAUCUCUCAUUUGCAUAUGUAACAUCAAAGUUAUCGUCAUUUGGGCAUGGUGGUGAUGAAAGAUACAUGGCAUUGGUCAAAAGUACAUACGACUGUUUAAAGCAGAUGGAAACAAAAUAA